CUCACCUUGACCUUCACGGGGAGGCCACGCCUUUCCGGGGUGGAACUGCAAAACACCAGUCUCUGCAGAACUCCACAAGCAGUUUCCAGUAAACCACCCCACGUGACGCCGUGUUCCCAUCUUGCUGUCCAGUUCAAGACCCGGGUGCUCACAAGUGUCAUUCAUCCUGACUGCGGUGCCUGAGGAACCCUCGGGGCCCCACCCCGCUGUCCGGGGACCUCCCAGGAGGAGAACCAGCCAGUCUCCCUGUCCCCUAGCGCUUGCUGAGUCCCCGCUCUGUGUCCUGCCCCGAGCUGGAUCGAGCGAGCGGGGGCCACACAGGAAGCAAGGUCACAGCCUGAGGACCUUCAGGUCGUGUUGAGGACACGUUUCCAAGACUAGAAAGCGUUCAGGGACUCUGAGGUCGUUGAGCCAACUGGGGGGUCCGGGCCUUGAGCUGGAGGCUCAUGGAAAGGUGGCCUCAUUGUGGGAGCUGCCCAGGGCUCCACCCCAGGGUCUCACCCUGACCACCGACCACCAGGAAAUGGGGUGGGGGCAGUUACUGGGCCCGACCCGAAGGAAAGCUGGCCCUGUAGUCUGGGGGUGCAAAGAGAGGGGAGACAGGCCUGUGAGCUGUGGAGGAAUGGGGGGCUCCUCACUGGAACACACGAGAGCCUUCGAGUGAGCUGGGGUUAGGUAGGAGCGAGCUCAGUUCCGGGGUGUCUCAACCAGCCCCCCAGGCUUUGCGGCCUUGGCGCCUCCAUUUCCUGACAGUUCCAGGAACAAAACCAAACAUGGGAACAAGGAACCAGCGCAGAGAGAAGCAGAAGCUGAGCCGGGCACUGGGCCCCUGGACGGGGACUGACGCCUGGGUCCCGCAGGGCCCUGUGCCGGCGACCUCUGUGCGGUGAGAUGACCCCGCCGGACCGGGCGUCCUGGCUGCCCGCAGCCCUGCUGCUGCUCUGGGUCCCAGGCGGUUUGUCUCUGAGCGGCCCUCGCCGGGUGACGGGCACCGUGGGGGGCUCCCUGAGCGUGCAGUGUCAGUAUGAGGAAGAGUUCGCAGACAUGAAGAAAUACUGGUGCGAAAGCCCAUGUCACUUGUCGCUGAUGAAGAAGAUCGUGGAGACCACAGAGACACAGAGAGCAGUGAGCAGGGGCCGUGUGUCCAUCAGGGACCACCCAGAAAACCUCACCUUCACAGUGACCUUGGAGAACCUCAGAGAGGGCGAUGCAGGCACAUACGAGUGUGGAAUUAAUGUACCAUGGAAUGAAGGACUUUUCGAUACUACCUUUUAGGUUGAGGUGUCUGUGUCCCCAGCACCGAUAUCAGUGUCACCUACAACGUCAGCUACGGCCAAGCCCCCGACCACCUCAGCCAAAAUUCCUACCAGGUCCACAGCUCCGGCUGGAGUGAAUGUCACCCACAGGGCGAACAUCCAGGAUGACCCCCCUCCGAGUCCAGGCCCCAGGCUCGACAUGCUGCUCCUCUUGUUGCUGCUCCUGCUGCUGCUCCUGGUGGGGACCUCCGUGCUGGCCUGGAGGAUGGUCCGCAGGCAGACCAAAGCUGGCGGGAACCCCGAGCCUCUCCAGAACCCCAGUCAGGCUGACCAGCAGAGGGAGCCCUGCUAUGCCAAUUUAGAGCUUCAGGCCUGGCCUCUUCAGGGAGAGACCCUGCAGCCCAGGCAGGAGGAGGUGGAAUACAGCACAGUGCAGGCUCCCAGGGACGAUCUCCACUACAGCACAGUGCUAUUCAGCGUCCAGAACCCGGAUUCUCAGGACAAGAGUCCCUCCCGGGGGCGCCCCCUGCUGGAACCAGAGUACAGUGUGAUUAAGAAGACAUAAGCCUGGGCCUCCAGCCUCCCCCUGGUGGACUCCGUGGGCCACCGCGAGCCCGGACCUGCCCCUCACCCUCUCCAGAUGCCCUCAGCCUGCCCCUCCACGGUGACCAACAGGACAGCCGGGCUCCUUGGGGCUGGUGCUCGUCCGCUGAGGACUGCGGCUGCCCCCGCCCCCGGCCGGCGGUGUCCCAUCUCCCGUCUUUUCCUCUGCCUGGUCCAGCUGGUGAGAGGGGUCGGUCCCGUGGGAGCCCAGGGACAGACGUGGCUCCCACGGUGUUACCUCCGAAUAGCUUUGUAUCACCCCGUGGAGGUGUCUGGGCUUGCUGGGGGAGGGGUGCUGGCAGGGAGCCAGGAGAUGCCCAGGCGGAGGCGGGACUCCCCUCUCCCAGGUGGGGACACUGAGGCGGGAGGAGGGGCUUGUCCUGGGCCCCAGACCCGGCGCUGGGCAGUGCCCUCGGUUCUCCUGGACUCUUAGAUUACCUUUUUUUAAAACAUUUUUUUGAAAAGUUUCUUUGUUGAUAUUUAGAGAGAGAGGAAGGGAGAGGAGAGGGAGAGAGAGAGAAAAACAUCGA